UCAUUUGCGAAUCGGACAUCGCCGUUCGUACAUUUAGAAAGUGAGGACGACUCUGGUCUACACAGCAAAAUCUUGUGUGCAAAACUGAAGGUUGUGUCAUUACUGACUUGUUUUAAUCUAUGAAACGGACUGUCGCGCGAUUACCGACGACUUUUGGUGGAGAGAGCCUUCGAAUAAACCACCCAGAGGAUUGUUUAUGCGUUUUACGGAGGAUUUUUGUCCUCCGCAUCCAAGGUUUAUCUUUGUCGCACUCUACAUCUGUAAAGGAUUCGGUGUUGGAGCUUUAAUGGCUGUAAAAUGUUAUAUGGCUCGGUUAUGGGUACAGUAUGAUAAAGACAGCGCUGCAUUUCCAUAAGAAACGGACAGUUUGGAGAGAUAUCCACGUCUUCAUCCCUGAACCUUUGACACAAUCCUGUUUCGCGUGUCUAGUUGCGAUUUUGUGGAAUCGUCAGUGAAUUCAUCAGGAUGAAUACAUUUUUUAACAAUAACGCAAGACUGCAGCGGUGUAUUAUGAUAUUAAUUUCCAUAUUUCACACGGCGUGAGAGCGCAACAUGUUUUUACUGCCUGAAUCCUGUACGCACACAUAAUGCACAGGACGAGAAAUGCAUAAUAAUAACAGAGUGUAUCAGGCCUCUGAUCACGAUCACGUCUAAAUUCUCGAUUUAAACCUUCUUUUGGCUUUUAUUUGAUUUAUCACAGCGUGUCAUGUUGAUCUGGGCAGGAAAAUGGUCGUAUUGCUUCCUUCCUGAGUCCUGAUGUUCUUCAUCUAUCCAAAGAUUCACCAUGGAAACCCAGAGUGAGCGCUGGUGGACACCCAGACUGGAUCCUGGAUUGAAUAAAGAGAGGCAGAUAAACGUGUAAACAGCUUCUUUACACUUUUCUUUUUAACUAUUAUUCAUAUUUAAUUUGCUUGCUGAGACUUGUUUGUGCAGGCAAAACAUGGUCAGUUGUUUAAGAUCCCCAAGUGCCAAAGUGUCUGUAGAGGACACAUGAGGUGCUGUUAGGUGCCAAUGAGUAAAACAGAGUAAACAUGCAUACAAGAUCUGCUUCAACAUCUGAACAUGCAGUGCAUGACAAUCACGCGUCAACUUUAGAUCUGCUCAACGUACAUCUCAGGUUUGGACAUCGGUGGACACGUUUUAAAGACGUCCGAGCGACUAAGCACAAUGUUUUUUGAAUGUCUGUUGUGUUAAAGAGUACAAAAACCUGCAAAAAAUAGUUUAUUAUACGUUACAAUCAAACCUCGACAAUGCCUCGGAACCGGGCCUUUUCUGAGCCGGAGUAUUCGGCAGAAUAUUCGGCGGACUGUUCGGUCACACUGCCCUCUGACCCUGGUCAGGCUGUCGGACGCACCCACGAGGUGACCGUGCGCAGUUCCGGCUGCUGCCUGUGUCUGCCGCGGUUCAUGCGCCUGACCUUUGCACCUGACUCUCUGGAGAACCUCUAUCAGACCUAUUUCCGCCGGCAGAGGCACGAGACCUUGCUCGUGCUGGUGGUUUUUGCAGCCCUUUUCGACUGCUACGUCAUUGUGAUGUGCACUGUGGUUUAUACCAGCGAUAAGCUGGCAUCUGUGGCCGUGGCGUCGGUGGGACUGGCCGCAGACAUCCUACUCUACGUGCUGUGCCGGUACGGCCUGCUCCCAGACCGCGUGUCACGCCGGCUGGUGCCCUAUGCCCUUUGGGUGCUCAUAGCGGCCCAGAUCUUUUGUUAUCUAGGAUUGAACUUUGCCCGCUUCCACCAGCCCAGUGACACUGUAGGCUGGCAGGCCUUUUUUAGCUUUUCCUUCUUUUUGACACUGCCGCUUCGGCUAACUCCUAUAGUGCUCAUCACGGCCGUUUCCUGUGGGGUGCACACCCUGGUGCUGGGCGUCACUAUCGCCCAGCAGCAGCAAGAAGACAUUCAGGGGGCGGCCCUCGGAAGACAGUUGCUGGCCAACAUUGUAAUAUACUCGUGUGCCAUCACAGUGGGCAUCAUGUCGUAUUACAUGGCCGACCGCAAACACCGUAAAGCCUUUCUAGAGACCCGACAGUCCCUGGAGGUAAAGCUGAACCUGGAGGAGCAGAGUCAGCAGCAGGAGCGCCUCCUGCUUUCCAUCCUGCCAAAGCACAUCGCAGACGAGAUGCUUCAGGACAUGAAGAAAGAACCCAGUCAGAAAGAGAUGCAACAGUUCAACACCAUGUACAUGUAUCGGCACGAGAAUGUCAGUAUUUUGUUCGCAGACAUCGUGGGGUUCACGCAGCUCUCCUCGUCCUGUAGCGCACAGGAAUUGGUUAAGUUGCUCAACGAAUUGUUUGCUCGCUUUGACAAGCUGGCUGCUAAAUACCACCAAUUGAGGAUAAAGAUCCUGGGCGACUGCUAUUACUGUAUUUGUGGCCUUCCAGAUUACCGUGAUGACCAUGCGGCGAGCUCCAUAAUGAUGGGCUUAGCCAUGGUUGAGGCAAUUUCAUACGUUCGGGAGAAGACACAGACGGAUGUUGACAUGCGUGUCGGCGUACAUUCUGGGACAGUCUUGGGCGGGGUGCUUGGCCAGAAGCGCUGGCAAUACGAUGUGUGGUCAACUGACGUGACGGUGGCCAAUAAGAUGGAAGCAGGGGGAAUUCCAGGGCGAGUUCACAUCUCCCAGAAUACCCUUGAGUGUCUGCACGGAGAGUUUGAUGUUGAGCCAGGAAAUGGUGGGGACCGUUGCGAGUAUCUGAAGGAGAGGGGCAUUGAGACUUACUUGGUGGUGGUGCCCAAAGGACCUCUGGGCAAGAAUGGCAUCAAUGGAGUAAAGCUUUCAGUGACAUCAUCUAAUGGCAAUUCUCCAUUACUGAUCAACACUAAAGAGUGUAACGGAAGCGUCCACACGGCAUGCACGACACCAGAAGAGCCAGAGGAACUGGACACACGGGUGGUGAACCCUUCGUUUCCUAACCCUCGGCGUCGCUUGCGUCUGCGUGAUCUGGCUGAGCGGGUGAUUGAUGCUCAGGAGAAUGAACAGGAGCUCAAUAAACUCCUAAAUGAAGCUUUGCUGGAGAGAGAGACAGUACAAGCGCUUAAAGGCAAGUACACUAAUCGUCUGUCCCUGCGUUUUACGGACCCGGAGCUGGAGACUCGUUUCUCAGUUGAGAAGGAGAAACAGAGCGGCGCGGCGUUUAGCUGCUCGUGUGUUGUUCUGCUAUUCACUGCGGUCAUGGAAGCGCUCAUUGACCCCUGGUUGGUGGCAAACUAUGUGACUCUAGUCGUGGGUGAAGUUUUGCUUCUUAUUCUCACUAUCUGUUCACUGGCAGCCAUUUUCCCACGGGUAUUUCCGAAGAGACUGGUGUCGUUCUCCACAUGGAUUGAUCACACGCGCUGGGCCCGCAACACUUGGGCCAUGGCAGCCAUCUUUAUAGUCACAAUGGCAGACAUAGUAGAUAUGCUAAGCUGUCGGCCAUCUCAGCUCUCCACAAAUGAUGCGACAGAGAGCACUCCGGUCACACCAGGAACCAGGGAAUGUUUGGAGAAUCCUAAAUAUUACAACUACAUUGCAGUUUUAGCCCUAAUAGCCACCACCAUGCUGGUGCAGGUCAGCCACAUGGUCAAACUCACCCUCAUGCUACUGAUCACAGUAGCUACAGGCGUGGUCAACAUCUACAGCUGGCGGGACAUCUUUGACGUUUAUGACCUGUCUCGGUUUAAGGACUACAGGAUUUAUCUUGUGCCAUCCAAAUACACCAUGAGCGUGAUGAUCUUCAUCAUGAUGAUCAGCUUCUACUACUUUUCCCGACAUGUUGAGAAGCUUGCACGCACGCUGUUCUUGUGGAAGAUUGAAGUUCACGAACAGAAGGAAAAGGUGUACGAGAUGAGACGCUGGAACGAAGCUCUGGUCACUAACAUGCUUCCGGAGCACGUUGCCAGACACUUUCUGGGCUCCAAGAAAAGAGAUGAGGAGCUCUACAGCCAAUCCUACGAUGAGAUUGGAGUCAUGUUUGCAUCUAUACCAAACUUCUCUGAUUUCUACACGGAGGAAAGCAUCAACAAUGGCGGGAUCGAGUGCCUGAGGUUCCUCAAUGAAAUCAUUUCCGACUUUGAUAGUCUUUUGGAUGAGCCACAGUUUCGCUGUAUAACCAAAAUCAAGACUAUCGGAAGCACCUACAUGGCAGCAUCAGGAGUCACUUCAGACAAUAACACUAAUGGUUAUGCAUGUGUGAAGAAAGAAGAGAUUUCAGACAGGGAAAGAUGGCAGCACUUGGCCGAUCUGGCUGAUUUCGCUCUGGCCAUGAAGGUGACACUGAUGAACAUCAACUACCAGUCGUUUAAUAACUUCAUGCUCCGCAUCGGGUUGAAUAAAGGAGCAGUUUUGGCUGGAGUUAUUGGGGCCCGUAAACCUCAUUUUGACAUCUGGGGAAACACUGUGAAUGUCGCCAGUCGAAUGGAGUCCACAGGGGUGAUGGGAAACAUCCAGGUGGUGGAGGACUGCUACUGCAUCUUGAAGGACUACGGCUUCCGCUUUGUUAGAAGGGGACCAAUAUUCGUGAAAGGGAAAGGAGAACUGCUCACCUAUUUCCUAAAGGGACGAGAAAAGCAAGGCUCCUUCAUCAAUGGCUCCUUUGUCAAUCUGCCGCACCAAGUUGUGGACAGCUCUUGACCAACACGUGCACACACGCUGUCAUAUAUAAAACUCUCCAAAUCUCUCUCGCACACUCCACAUCAUACCUCCUCCGCUGACUACAUGUGCUCCAGUAAUUAGUACUUUCAAAUUUGUUUCUGUAUUUAUUAGACAGGAAAGACAUGUUGAUAGGAAAUGAGAAUGACAUUGUGUUCAUAUAAGAGAAAUACCAUAUAAUAUAAAGUUAUGAAGUGUUCACAGCCAACAAGAUUUAAAUAGGCUGUGUUCAUAUAAGAGAAAAACUAUAUAAUAUAAAGUUAUGAAGUGUUCAUAGCCAAACAAGAUUUGAAAAGGCUGCUGAACGGAGUUUUAGCUAUUUUAAACUACACAAAGGAAACAGUACACACUAUGAACUUGGCUGUAUAUUAUACACUGGCUGCUCGAAAGAAACCUUUGAAUUAUGUACUUAUUUCUUUUUUUGAUUUAAAAUGAUUUAAAGAUUACAGAUGAUCCUGAAGGUCCCGGUUGUAUCUGAAUGUUGUUUAAAAUCUACUCUGAAUGCCUGUGUAAAAACACUGCCUUUUCCACUUGGUGAAGAGCGAGCGAGCGUGCGUGCAGCAUGAGUAUAUGUACAUUUUUUGUAUUUGUGAGUUUAACUUUUGUCACCUUAGUAUAUUGUCACUCUUGUCACUUUAGAUUUUUUGACUUCGCAGUCAUUUUUAAAGGACAUACAGUGAGAUGCAAACGUCUGAGUCCUCUUCGAAAAUCUGGUGUGAAAAUCUACAGUGGUGUGAAAAAGUGUUCGCCCUUCUUGAUUUGUUUUUUGCAUGUUUGUCAAACUUUAAUGUUUUAGAUCACCUAACAAAUUGAAAUAAUAAUUAAAGAUAACACAAGUAAACACAA